CAAGUAUGGCAACGCACUACAAGCGGCUGCGUAUCACGGGAGCAAAUCGGUUGUGCGGCUUCUCCUGGAGCGUGGGGCAAAGGUGAAUACCCAAGGCGGCGAGUAUGGUAAUGCACUCCAAGCAGCUGCAAUUCAGGGAAACGAAUCGGUUGUGCAAAUUCUCCUUGAGCAUGGGGCAGAGGUGAAUGCUCAGAGUGGCCGCUAUGGCAAUGCACUGCAAGCGGCUGCGUAUCAUGGGAACGAAUCGGUUGUACGGCUUCUCCUCGAGCGUGGGGCAGAG